CUCGGCGUUAUAAAUAUCGUAAAAGCGCUUGCGUUACUCUUUGAUUAUGGAGCAUGUAGUAAACCAAUCAGAACCAAUAUGCGCAAAAAUGGACGAAAAUUCGUCUUCCGAUAAUUAAUUUAACUAUCACGUUGUAAAAUCAUGUUAUUGGUUAAGAACACGAAGGGAAACGUUAGUUACAACUCGUAGCUAUAAAAGAGAAUGCGGAAAGUUCAAAAAUUUCAAAAUAUGACAAUUCUAUAGGACGUUCAUUAUUUCAAAGUUGUAUUUGAAAUUCUCGUUCACUUAAAUAUUUUUAUUUUGAAUCACUUAUACUGAUAUUUUAUUAUUGUUCAGGAUAAUGUUCGCAAUUGUUCUCUUGAGGACCGUCACACUUGGCUAACCAAGAAAAUCGAGAUCAACGAUCAGUUACAGCACACGUCAAAGUUCAGAUCAUCACAAGUACUGUUACCAGGAUUCUCCCACUAUAAAGUUCUAUUUGUUCACUAAAUUUGCAUAUGCGAUAAGGGAUUUCAAAGAGGAAAAGCGGCUUCGUGAAGAAGAAGAGGAACGUAGUCGUGACCAAGUGCCGAUAUGCUCCGGUUAACACUUGCUACGUAUUGUCGUCGAAAUAGUCGAAAGUAUAAUGUUCAGGAUAUCACGAUACAUUAGAAUAUUGUUAUUCCUAUUCCUUGGUUCUACGAUUUUUUGUGCAGUUUUCGUUACUUUCCCGAACUUCGUUGGUGGGAAAAUUAAUAAAAAAACAGGUCAAACAGAACGUCAAAAACAAACACAUAAAAUUUAUGCUACAUUAUCAAAAAAAUACAAUUUAACGAAAGGACAGAUUAGUAACACCUCUGUGCUUGGAAAAUGGCUGUUAUCACCCGAGGGAAGUUUACCACCACCGAUAAUUAAUACGAAAAAGGAGCCAUACUUAAUAUUAAUUUGGAAACAUGGAAAGUUCUUGGAACGUAGACAUAUCAAACGUUUCACUAAUAAUAAAUUUUCACCGUGGGAUGGUUGUACAGUAAACAAAUGCGUGCUAAGUUACCAAAUGAAAGAUAUAGAUACAGCUGAUGCGGUUGUAUUUCAUUUACAUUUAACGAAAGGCAUAUCAGAAUUGCCAUUUAAAACUCGACAGAACCAAAGGUGGAUCUUCCUGGCAGACGAAUCACCGAUGCAUACUUUUCUCUACGGCAAUCAACAAAUAUCAGAAUAUAAUGGCCUGUUUAACUGGUCUAUGACUUAUCGAAUGGAUAGUGAUAUACCGGUACCAUAUGGUAGGACGGUUUUGAAAUCGUUCAUCAAUUCCUCAGAUACAGGUUUUUCCGAAGAUUUUAUUCGAAAAUUAAAAACUAAACUAGUUACCGUGAUGGGUAGUAAUUGCGCAGGUACGAAUGGUCGAUGGAAAUAUGUAAAUGAGUUGAAAUCAAUUCUCGGCAAUGAUCUACAUAUAUACGGGAAAUGUUUAAACGGUAAUACAACAGCGUGUCCAGGCCAUUUUGAUAAAGACUGUUCAGCCUUGAAUGCAUAUAAAUUUUAUCUUGCUUUUGAGAAUUCAAAUUGCAAAGAAUAUAUUACGGAAAAAGUAUUCUGGCAUGGAUAUCGUAAAUUAGCAAUUCCGAUAAUAAUGGGUGCACCGAAAGAAAAUUGCGAACAACUACUACCGCCUCACUCGUUUCUUCAUAUUAGCGAUUUCGUUAAUCCAACUGCCUUAGCGAAUUAUAUUCGUUAUCUUAAUCAGCACGAUGAUAAAUAUUUGGAAUAUCAUAAAUGGCGUAAAUAUUAUAAAGUAAAUAAUGAGCACGGCUAUUUUGGUAGUAUUUCGAGGCAUUAUUGUCGCAUUUGCGAAGCUCUUCAUUAUAAUGUUCCUGCUAUUAAAGUAUACGAAGAUAUGGAGUCAUUUUGGAACAAAAAACGAGAUUGUACCAUUUAGUACAUUUGAUUUCAUAUUUUUUAAUUAAAUUGUUUAGUGUUAUACAGUUCUCACAUGUAUAAGAUAUUUAUGUACCUUGUAAAUGUUAUAAAUAAUUAUAAUUAAAAUAUUCGUCAAUUCUGUAAUAUCUGCUUGAUAAUAAUAAAAUUACUUAAUAUAUGACGUAAUGUCGUUUAAACUAAAAUGUACAUGAGUACAUUUGCAUACGAAAUGCAUGGGAAAUGCAUGUACAUAUUUUUUAAGAAUAAAUUUUAUUAAAAAAUUUUAUUUUAUAAA